CUUGUUGUUUCAUUUUGAAGCUGUUGGUAGAUUCCAUUUUCUCUUCCUUGGUGUGUUUCUAUACAGACUUUCAGAUCUAUGUACAGGCAGUGAUGAAAUCUGUACAUAUUUCAGUAUUUUAUUUCGUUUUUCUUUUCUGUUUUCCUGUGCAUAACAAACAAGAGAAUCUGGCACUUAAUAAAGAUGCUAAGAUGAGUCCUAAAGCCACUGAGGAACACAGAAUGACGGAUGGUAAUAGGAGCCAGACCGAAAAUCUUUGUACGCAUUCCGACAGCAAAACGAAGAACUUCACAUACGCCAUCGUAGAUUUGGGAAAUUUGUCCAAUAUCUACAAUAUCACUAUUUACUACGGAGAAGGUUAUGUACACAGAUUGAAAGGUUAUGCUUUAUAUCAUUCAAAAGAGAUGAAAGAGGGCCCAAAAGAGUGGGAAAUAUGUUACAAACACAAUACCUCUGAAGAUGACCCGGAAACAAUUGUGUCGAACAGUUGUAAAGCCAGAGCACGCUACCUUUACGUAUAUCAAAACAACACCUCUGACAAAGAGAAGCGGCCAUUUCUUGAUAUUUGUGAGAUAGAAGUUGUUGGCUGCAUUUCAAACCAGUACAUGAAAGGAUCGGACUGCGUGCAAUGUCCCGGUGCAUCCUGUAGAGAGUGCGAUCCCGAUGGAAAAUGCCUAGAUUGCAGGAAUGGAACAUACGGGGAUCAUUGUGAACAGAGGUGUUCCGAAUCAUGUAAAGAUAAUAAGUGUGACUUAAAUACAGGAAAGUGUGAGAAAUGCCAGAAGAAUAAAUAUGGUUUCAACUGUACCGAAACGUGUGGUCAUUGUGACGUUGAUCCAAAGUACAAAUCCUCUGACAAUUGUGAUGACGAUAAUGGCAAAUGUGUAGAGGGAUGUAUGCCUGGUUUUUCCGGACGACUAUGCACAGAAAAAUGUACUAAAUAUAAGUAUGGUAAAAACUGUAACGAAUCCUGCAGUGAGGUAUGUGUGGACCAGCAAUGUAACAGAACUAGUGGGGCCUGCCUCAGAUGUGUGGCGGGGAAAAGAGGAGAGUUAUGUGACGAAGAAUGUGGCGCCAUGUCUUAUGGUGAGAAUUGUACAUUUAAAUGUGGACAUUGUCUGAGAAGAAAAUGUGAUCCAUCGGAUGGAAAGUGCAUGGAAGGCUGUGAUCGUGGAUACCACGGAUCAUACUGCAGAGAAGUUUGUGUCAAUAAAACUUUCGGCGAGGACUGUGUUAAUACAUGUGGACACUGCAUUAACGAUUGUGACCCCUUCAAUGGAUCAUGUGCCGGUGGUUGUCAGGAUGGGUACCAAGGAACUACCUGUACCGAAAGAUGUGAUGACGGUUAUUACGGGAGUAACUGUACUGAAACAUGUAAUGAACACUGCUUAGUAUCAAAGACCAAAUGUGACCACGUUACUGGUGAAUGUCUACAUGGUUGCAAAGAUGGUUGGAGAGGGAAAUAUUGUGAAUCUGAGUGUACUAACGGAACCUUUGGAAAGCAAUGCACUCUAAGGUGCAACCGAUGGUGCUCAGGAAAUUCGCAAACGUGCGACCCAAUGAAUGGACGAUGUUUAAAUGGCUGUAUUGCUGGUUACAGUGGCUUACAUUGUAACAUAAUUGAUCCUUGUGAUGCCGGCAGAUAUGGAGUGAAUUGCUCUAAGUCUUGUGGAAACUGUUUUCUGGACAUCUGUUCUUAUAUUACGGGGGAAUGCAUUUUUACGGAGCCCAUUUCUACAUACAAGUAUGAGUCAGAAAGAAAUCCAAGCAGUGAAGAAUUCAAAGACUUCCUUCUCCUUGUUUGUGUCAGCACUGCGGCGUUACUGACGAUUAUGGUAUUGACAGGGACGUGGAGAGUAGGAAUGCACUACAGGGCUCGACGUGGAACCAACCGUAGGCAUGAUUUGUUUGACGAUAUGGCUGUCGGGAUGUCAGAGGAACCAUUCAUACCAACGUUUGUAACAGAUACAUGUAUUCCAAUAGAGGCAUUGCACAGUGUAAUUGAUACAAAAGCACUGGACAAUAAUUCGAUAUUUGUUGCAGAAUUUUCGUCACUUCCUGUUGGAGUGAUCCAUGACCACGAGACAGAAAACGUAUCCAGAAAAAGACAUUCCAAGAUAUAUAUGGCUUCGGAUGAGGGGGGAAAGAAUAGUGUACCAUUUGGUAUCAGUUCCUCGGAUUCUAUAUAUGCCAGCUAUAUAAAGAAUGUUGAUGGUAAAAUAGCCUACAUUGCUUCACAAGUGGUGUCCAAGUUCAACUGGCACAUGGUUUGGAAUGAAAACGUCCACAAGAUCGUCCUCAUUUAUGACAAUCAGGAACACAAGGAUGAAAGUGUUCCAAACUGGCCAAAAGCUGGACAUUCCACGAGAUCGGGACCUUUCCUUAUUUCGACAAUUCAAGAGCGUGAUUAUGCUUUCUGCUCCUUGCAUUUAUUGAAGGUUCAAAAGGAUAAUUUACAUUUUGUACAACGUGAUGUGUUACUUUUCCACUACAAAAAUUGGCUGGGCGAAAAGGAGCCUACACUGGUGGACUUAGUAUCCUUUUACUUCCGGGUCAUCGCUUUUCGUACCGAUGUUGCCAAACCCUGUGGUCCAUUGCUCGUGCAAUGCAGUGAUGGCAUUGGGAAAACUGGUGUCUUCAUAGCUUUAGACGCUUUGUUCAACCACGGACUCCACACCAAAAUGAUUGAUGUUCCGCACUAUAUACAGACAAUGCGGCAGACCAAACCAAAUAUGAUAAAAUCCGUGGGAGAGUACAUCACACUACACCGGCUGCUUCUGGAGGUUUUCACUAGCACGCCCAAACCUUUAUCAUCCCAAAAUUUUUUGCUGGAUAAAGUGGACAAUGAGGCAGUACUUCAGAUGUUUUCCGGAAUCAACACAAAAAGACCGACUUAUAAACUGUGUGAUUAUGAGCAGGCUUUCCAAAAUAUGGACCUAGUUUCCAAUAUAAAUGCUUUACCGCUUGACAGGUUUCACUAUUCUUCUGACCAUGCAGUGCAAACCAAAUCACCUUUGUUUACAAAUUCCAUUACAGUUCCCUCUUACACCUCAAAGAACAGGUUUAUCGUGUCGCAGCUACCGUGUUUAUUCAACAAUGAAAACUCAACAAGGGUGCUAAAAGGUAUACCCUGUUGCGUCAUGAUAUUGAUGGGAUCACGUGAAGAAACGGAAACAGUCAUUUCUCAACUGUUGGAUGAAGGUCCAAUGUAUAGUAGUUUUUACAAACAUAGAGUUGUAAACAAAACUACUGUCUCAAACACCUUGUGUUUCACUGAAGCAGUUGUCAAAAGCCAGGAGGAAGCAACAGAGCGCACACUGUCGAUUUGUGAAAUGUCAUCUUGGCCCACUAAACACCUGAAUACUGAGGCCUACACUGAUAUGCUCAAAACCCUGACAAUAGUUCUAGAAUCUGAUAAAACAUCACCCAUUCUUCUACUAAGCCAGGACGGCGCUCAAGGCUGUGACAUAUUUUGUGUCAUACACAAUUGUUUGGAACAAGCAUUACUGGAUGAUGAAAUUGAUUUGUGCUCGGUCAUUCGUCAACUGCAGACCAGGAGACCAGAAUUCAUUGCUACUAAGGAAGAGUUUCAACUUUGUCUGGAAGUUUGUCGUAAAUGUCUCUCGGUGACCAUGACCAGAAGCUGUGAAAUAUGAGGAAACAUGUGAUCCAUGUUCCAGUAAACCAAGCCCAACAAUCUAAAAACAAACAACAGAACUCAGAAUGUUUUAUUUGUUGUAAUUAUUUUUCUAUUCAUCCAAACUAACUGGUGUAUUAUAUGAAUGGUAUUCAAUUACAAUACAUUGUAUCUGCUUUA